UUGUCAGGGAGCGGUGUCGCUGGGCCUCUUGUCAGUUUCUCGAAUAUGAGGCUGCCAGUCAAUUAUAAAGUUUGAUUUGGCGGGUCAAAAGAAGUAGAGAUCGAAAUAAUAUAUCAUAGAUCACAUUUAAAGAAUGGACCGGAUCAGAGAUGGCUGGUUCUAUGAGAAAAGCGAUACUUUUCCUGGACAAUCAUUUGGUUUAGAAAUUGAAAAAGUCCUCUAUCACGACAAGUCAAAGUACCAAGAUAUACUAGUUUUUCAAAGCAAAUCGUAUGGAACUGUGUUGGUUCUUGAUGGAAUUAUUCAGUGCUCCUCGCGUGAUGAGUUUUCUUAUCAAGAAAUGAUUGCAAACAUUCCACUUAACUGUCACCCAGAUCCUAAGAAGGUUUUGAUAAUUGGAGGUGGAGACGGCGGAGUUGCACGAGAAGUAGCCAAACACCCUGCUGUAGAAGCAAUUGACUUGUGCGAAAUUGAUGAGAUGGUAAUUGAUGUCAGUAAAAAAUUCAUUAAAGAAAUGUCAUCUGGAUUUAACAGCCAUAAAGUCACAGUUCAUAUUUGUGAUGGAUUCAAGUUUCUGGAGAAUCAUUUGUCACAGUAUGAUGUCAUAAUUGCUGACAUUAGUGACCCUGAAGGUAAGAAUGUUGUCUCGGAUUCAAUCGAUUUGUUUUUAGCUGUGGAUAUCAUGCAGGUAGUAUAUUAUGCAUUUAGAAUAGCAUGCAUGUAGUGUAUCAUGCAUUUGGAAAUUAUGCAUGUAUUAUAUCAUGCAUGUAUAGUUUCAUGCAUGUGCAAUAUCAAAUGCAUGUGGAUUAACAUGUAUGCGUA